CGUCUAGCAACCCCGUGACGAGGCGCUGUUUUUCUUUUUGUUUCCUUGUCACUGCUUUACGCGUUCUAUGCCGGUUUUAAAAAGUGCUUUCUCAAAGAAAACCCUACAAACUUUUUAUACAAAGAAAGGAAAAUUAAGUCGCGACCCAGCUCCGUCCCUUUUAACCAAGUUGUGAGUGUGCCAACUUUACGACACAAGUGAGUGUCAAGGUGGUCAUGUUCACGCCAAGUUCCUGCACGCUCAUGAAACGCGGGAUUUCAGUCAAACAUGGCUACUGUGAAUCUCCGUGCAACGAUGACAACCAAGCAGCGCAGGACGAGGAUUCGAAAAAGCUUUCCGACUGGAAAAACUGGGUGGUCGACCGCAGACGUGGACGCCUCGGCGACAUCAAGCUCACCCAAGUCAGCGGCCUAGACGAACGCUGUUGGAACAACCGCCUGGGCACAAUGGCAAAUGGUAAGGAAGACGAUGAUUUGUGGAACAGACCUCCUCUAACACGCUUCAGGACCAUCGCCGACCGUCCAUCGGGCGACAGUGGGUCGGCAGCUACGCCGAGCGCGUUCAGACUCUGCGAGAGGGUAUGCUACGAGCGCAUGCUCAACAGCUGUGAUCUGAACACCACCCCUGCCAAAAAGGCAUUCAUGAGGCAAGCCGCACCACAAGUCAACUGGCGUGACAAACUCAAGGCGCAGAUCGAAAACGCCGAGAAGAAGCGAAUGAAACACAGCUCCGAGUUAAGGCGCUUCCUUCCCUCUGCCGACGGCCUCGUCUUGCCUAAGCUGACUGGCCCAAUGCUAGAAGAGAUUGAGAGUGCACUCAGACCUACGCCCGCGCACGAAGCCCUUGCCAAGGGGUUCGGACUGACCAUCAGCCGCUCGGACAUGAGCACUCUCGCGGAGUACCAGUGGCUCAACGACGAGGUGGUCAACUUCUACAUGAACCUGCUCGUCGAACGGACCAAGCAGAACAGCGAACUUCCCAAGCUGUACGCCUUCAACACCUUUUUCUUCACAAAGAUGGCGGCCGAGGGACACUCAGCCGUGAGGCGGUGGACGAGGAAAGUGGACCUCUUCUCCUACGACAUAGUCCUGGUGCCGCUCCACUUCACGAUGCACUGGUGCCUCGCUACAAUCGACUUCAGGAAGAAGCACAUCGCCUACUACGACAGCAUGGGCAGCAGCCGCGAAAGGCACAACUGCCUCCACAAGUUGCAGCUCUAUUUGGAGGCAGAGAGCCAGGACAAGCGGGGACACGGCCUAGACUGGGAACCCUGGAAGCUGCAGGUGAUAAGCGACCUGCCGCAGCAGCACAACGGCAGCGACUGUGGCAUGUUCACCUGUCAGUACGCCGAAUGCGUGUCGCGCAAUGCCAAGAUCUCCUUCGGACAGCAGCACAUGCCAUAUUUCCGCAAGCGGGUGGUGUACGAGAUCUUACAUGGGCAGCUUCUCCCUGUCUGAACGAAGUUUUCUUUUAAGGCAAUGUACAUAUUUUACUAGUCAGCAUCGGCACUUUCUUUUUUUAACGGUUCUCAAAUAAAGCAUUGUAUUUGAUU